AUGUUUCCCCCCUGGGUUCAUGACAGGGUCGGGGCCCAACGGGGGACCGUCUCAGCUAUUCCUUUCGAAGGCCAACAAGCGGCUCCGUUUAAAAACCAAUGGCGCUUGGGAGCUGUACUACUUUUUCUGUGCCUCCUGGCACUUCUCGCAGAAGCAGCCGCUGUGGUGAACAGUGGGACUCACGUGGGAAUGUUCACCAUGCUGGCUCCCCCCAGCAAACAGACGUGUGCAUGUUCCUCGCAGCAGCCCUCCCUUCGUCACAGAGAAGCUGCCGCAGGCACAAAUGUAUUCCGUAGUGUUUCUAUAAGGAGAGCAGCAAGCGCUACCUUCUUGAGUCCCACCGUGCUACAACAGUGGGACCUGCGAGGUAGGUGCGCUCGCAGCAGGAGCAGCGCCAAUACAUCUUUGUGUGGCUCCCGUUCUAAUCGCAUCAACGGCAAGAGGCCUUCGGUGCUUCCCUCUCCUUCUCCCUUUCCUGCCGCUCUGCUUCAUUUGCUUUCUGGAAACAGCAAAGCCAGAAACAGCAGCAGUCUUCCCAACGAGGUGUACGUGGGGCAGCAUGUGAGGAUCCCUGUAACCCCAUCAUCUGAUCUAAGUCUUGCAAAGCUUCCCCGGGGACCUCCCAGGCUAUUCUCUCCGGAUCCCAUCCGCCUCGACGCCCGAGGGGCCUUGGUGACACAAGGGUUACCCCUUACCCGACUCAGGUGGCCCCAAGACGCAGAGCAGCAACAGCAGCAGCAAAACCAACCACGUGAAGAGCAGAGUCAGCUAAAAUCGGUGUACGGAGAGCCUCUGACAUUUGAAUGCCUGUGUGAAAGAGGGGAUAGGCACCCAGAGAAGAAGACAUUUGGUGAGGAGGCCCCCCUCUUUAAGCACCACCUGCACUUUGGUUCUCCCCCUUGGCCCAAUGCCAUUAUCCAGAUGGCGAAAGAAUACAACGCGCAAGUGCGAGAAGAUGGUAAAGAGGAAGAGACGGUGCCCGAAGAAUGGAUUUGCGAUACGCUUUUCUGUGAUGAGAGAGGACGGGUUCUUCGUGUGCAAGAGAAUAGUGCUCCCUAUGGUGGCGAGGAUGAGCCUGAGUCAGGCGCGACUACGUGGGAACUGUUUAAGCUUCGAACGGAACAAGGGAAAAAGCAGACGCCUCAUAGAUUUGUUGUGACAGCUCCUGCUGGUUACGUCGCGGAGGCUGGUAUAACCGUCGGUGAUCAGCUUCCGAUGCUGAGCGACGAACAACUGGAAACGGUAUACAACAAUCAUUUUGCUCUCCCCCAAAACUUCAGGGAGCCUCUCAUCCUCCCAGAUGGCACUUGUAUUCCCUGA